AUCGAAACACCUAAAAUGGACACACAGUCUAACCACAGUAAGGACAGUUAUACUCAACGCAGAGAGUUGUUCAAGAACAUAUGGGAUACAGCGGUGAAGUUGGAUGAAAAGGAUAAGGAACCUGAACAGCCUAAUGUGGCCAAACCUAAGGUCAUUAAAACCUUAAGACUGGGUGAAGCGGAUGGCAUAAACAUAGGCAAGAAUAAGAAACAGCGCAUCAAGAAUCUAAGGAUCGUCUGCAACCGACUGCUGGACAUCUGCAACAAGCAGGAGUCAGAGGAACACUUGUAUGAUCAGAUCUCCGCUGCCCGCCGCGAUUCCAGCAUAACCUCCACAAUGUUUGUGCAUCAACGAAAGCGCAAGAAAAAUCAAAAACCAAAGAAGAAAAAGAAGGUCAAACAGACUUACGAACUAUCACAACUACCACAAGUCGAUGUUCAUGAAGAAACGACUUCUUUUGACAUCGAUGAAGAGGGCCCUUUUACGCACCGGGGGACGAAACCUCUUAGAGAUAUGAAUUCUCUGAGAAUAGAGCGAGCAAUGCUCAUUGAGCGAUUUCUAAACGAACGGCUAAAUUUAGAAAAGGUUCCUACACCCCAGCCUGUUGAAUCCGAAGAGAAACUCGGAGACGCCCAUUGCAAAGAAGUUAAGAAAAAACAAAACAGAAGAAAAGUUUUGACGACUCCGUCACCGCCGCCGCGCGUAAAUUGCAUCUCGAGAAGGUCACCGUGUCCCCGUGAGUGUUGCCCCAUUCCGACUAUUAACUUGGUACUUCAAAUAAAAUAG